AUGAAUAUGAGCCAGCAGUGGGCCCAGGUGGUGAAGGCCAACAGCAUCCUGGCCUGUUCAGAUCUCCUCAUUGAUAGUGAAAUGGAAGGUGUUAUCUGUCAGAUAGAACAUCGGAUUUCCAGACUUGAAAGAGUCCUCUACUUCCUAAAGAUGAUAACAGCAUCUGGCGGAAAAAUAUUUGCUACCAGUGAGAAAAAAGCUGAUUUCCAUACUACACUGACAAAAUGCAAAGAGGCUGGAGGGUCUAUUGCCACUCCAAGAAACCCAGAUGAGAAUGAUGCCAUUCUGUACUUUGUGAAAACUUUUAAUACCUAUGCCUACCUGGGGAUAAAGGAAUGUCUAAUUCCAAGUACAUUCCAGUUCCUGGGCAGUCGACAGGUGAGCUAUACUAACUGGCAUUUAAAUGAACCUUCUAGCAAAGAGGAAGAAGAAUGUGUGGAGAUGUACACUGAUGGCACUUGGAAUGACAAAAGCUGCAACAAGAAUCGCCUUAUUGUCUGCCAGUUCUAG